CAACUGCCAUGCAGUGACACAAUAAUUAAAUACAUCCAGAACCAAAAACUUAACUGAUACUUUUAGAGUCAGAAUAAUUAGAGGGCUAAGGAGGACUUUAGUAAUAAGAAAGAUAAAGUUAUUUAGUGUUAGAACACAUAAUUAAGUUCCAUAACAAAAGUAUUUUUUUUCAAAUCUAGCCAUCUCUAAAGAAGAACUUUGUUAGUUAAAAUUGGAAUUUUUUUUCUGUUAGAAUUCAUUGAAAGUUCUAUCUUAUUUUAAAAACUUUGUUCAACCCAUAAUUUGAGGAGUAAAACUUGAUCUCAUCCAUUUCUUAGCAUUAAACAAAUAGUUUUGACAUUGUGAUAUAUCACCUUUUUUCUCCAAACUCUUGUCGUUGAGUGUGCUGAGCCAUAGAAUUUGCAGUACCGGGGAUUGAAUUUAAAGCUUCACAAACAUUAGCUUAUAAAACACUACACAACAAAAUAAUGAUCUGUUAAGACUGCUAACCCGAGCAUCAGCUUCCACAAUGCCUGUGCAGGCAGCUCAAUGGACAGAGUUUCUGUCCUGUCCAAUCUGCUAUAAUGAAUUUGAUGAGAAUGUGCACAAACCCAUCAGUUUAGGUUGUUCACAUACAGUUUGCAAGACCUGCUUGAAUAAACUUCACCGAAAAGCGUGUCCUUUUGACCAAACUGCCAUAAACACAGACAUUGAUGUGCUCCCUGUCAACUUUGCACUUCUUCAAUUAGUUGGAGCCCAGGUACCAGAUCAUCAGUCAAUAAAAUUAAAUAAUCUAGGUGAGAAUAAACACUAUGAAGUGGCAAAAAAAUGCGUUGAAGAUUUGGCACUCUACUUAAAACCACUAAGUGGCGGUAAAGGUGUAGCUAGUUUGAACCAGAGUGCCCUGAGCCGUCCAAUGCAAAGGAAGCUAGUUACUCUCGUAAACUGUCAACUGGUGGAGGAAGAAGGUCGUGUCAGAGCUAUGCGAGCUGCCCGUUCACUAGGAGAAAGAACUGUGACAGAACUGAUCCUGCAGCACCAGAACCCUCAGCAGCUGUCUGCCAACCUGUGGGCUGCUGUCAGGGCUCGAGGAUGCCAGUUUUUAGGGCCAGCUAUGCAAGAAGAAGCCUUGAAGUUGGUGUUGCUAGCAUUAGAAGAUGGUUCUGCCCUCUCAAGGAAAGUUUUGGUACUUUUUGUUGUGCAGAGACUGGAACCAAGAUUUCCUCAGGCAUCAAAAACAAGUAUUGGUCACGUUGUGCAGCUACUGUAUCGAGCUUCUUGUUUUAAGGUUACUAAAAGAGAUGAAGACUCUUCCCUGAUGCAGUUAAAGGAGGAAUUUCGGAGUUAUGAAGCACUGCGCAGAGAACAUGAUGCCCAAAUUGUUCAUAUUGCCAUGGAAGCAGGACUCCGUAUUUCACCUGAGCAGUGGUCCUCACUGCUAUAUGGGGACUUGGCUCAUAAAUCACACAUGCAGUCUAUCAUUGAUAAGCUACAGUCUCCAGAAUCAUUUGCAAAGAGUGUCCAAGAAUUGACAAUUGUUUUGCAACGAACAGGUGACCCAGCUAAUUUAAAUAGACUGAGGCCUCAUUUAGAACUUCUUGCAAAUAUAGAUCCUAAUCCAGAUGCUGUUUCACCAACUUGGGAACAGCUAGAAAAUGCAAUGGUAGCUGUUAAAACAGUGGUUCAUGGUCUUGUGGACUUCAUACAAAAUUACAGUAGAAAAGGCCAUGAGACACCCCAGCCUCAGCCAAACAGCAAGUAUAAAACUAGCAUGUGCCGAGACUUACGACAACAGGGGGGUUGUCCACGAGGAACAAAUUGUACAUUUGCCCAUUCUCAGGAAGAGCUUGAAAAGUACCGAUUAAGGAACAAAAAGAUGAGUGCAACUGUAAGAACGUUCCCUCUUCUGAAUAAAGUUGGUGUAAACAGCACUGUUACAUCCACAGCUGGAAAUGGCAUUCCUGUCAUAGGAAGUACUGAAACAUCUGGGAAAAUUGUUCCAAGUACAAAUGGAAUUUCAAAUGCAGAAAACAGUGUUUCCCAGCUAAUUCCACGAAGCACUGACAGUGCAUUAAGGACUCUGGAGACUGUGAAGAAAGUCGGGAAAGUUGGCACUAAUGGCCAAAGUACUGCUGGGCCCUCUGCAGAGUCUGUAUCUGAAAAUAAAAUUAGUUCUCCACCCAAGACUCCUGUAAGUAAUGCAGCAGCUACCUCCGCUGGGCCCUCUAAUUUUGGAACAGAGCUGAGCUCCGUGCCUCCCAAAUCCAGCCCAUUUCUAACUAGAGUUCCAGUAUAUCCUCAGCAUUCUGAAAGCAUUCAGUAUUUUCAAGAUCCAAGGACUCAGAUACCCUUUGAAGUCCCACAAUACCCACAAGCAGGGUACUACCCACCACCUCCAACGGUACCAACUGGUGUGACUCCUUGUGUUCCUCGAUUUGUGAGGUCCAAUAAUGUUCCAGAGUCCUCCCUUCCACCUGCUUCCAUGCCAUAUGCUGAUCAUUACAGUACAUUUUCCCCUCGAGACAGAAUGAAUUCUUCUCCUUACCAGCCUCCUCCGCAGCAGUAUGGACCAGUACCUUCUGGAAUGUAUGCUCCUGUGUAUGACAGCAGGCGCAUCUGGCGCCCAGCUAUGUACCAACGAGAUGACAUUAUUAGAAGCAAUUCUUUACCUCCAAUGGAUGUGAUGCACUCAUCUGUCUAUCAGACAUCUUUACGGGAAAGAUACAACUCAUUAGAUGGAUAUUACUCAGUGGCUUGUCAGCCACCAAAUGAGCCAAGGACGACUGUGCCUUUACCAAGGGAGCCUUGUGGUCAUUUGAAGACUGGUUGUGAGGAACAGAUAAGAAGAAAGCCAGAUCAGUGGGCACAGUACCAUACCCAGAAAGCACCUGUCUCUUCAACUCUGCCUGUGGCUACACAAUCACCAACACCACCUUCUCCUCUAUUCAGUGUAGACUUCCGAACAGAUAUUAUGUCCCUUAUGUCAAUGCUGUUGAUUCAAGGUGGAGUUCAUAUGGCAAUGAGGCCACAUCAUCAGCACACUAUAUUGAACGGGACAGAUUCAUUGUUACUGAUUUAUCUGGUCAUAGAAAGCAUUCCAGUACUGGAGACCUUUUGAGCAUUGAACUUCAGCAGGCCAAGAGUAACUCAUUACUUCUUCAGAGGGAAGCUAAUGCUCUGGCCAUGCAGCAGAAGUGGAAUUCCCUGGAUGAAGGCCGACACCUUACUUUAAAUCUUCUAAGCAAGGAAAUUGAACUAAGAAAUGGAGAGAGUGAUUAUACAGAAGACACAGUAGAUACGAAGCCCGAUAGAGAUAUUGAGUUAGAGCUUUCAGCACUCGAUACUGAUGAACCUGAUGGACAAAGUGAACAAAUUGAAGAAAUCCUGGACCUACAACUUGAUAUCAGUUCUCAAAGUGAUCAGUUGCUGAAUGGAACAGCAAUGGAAAAUGGCCAUCCAGGUCAACAUCACCAGAAAGACACAGUAAAGCAGAAGAGACAGAGCUUAGGUGAAGACCAUGUGAUUCUGGAGGAGCAAAAAACAGUUCUGCCAGUAACGUCUUGCUUUAGCCAGCCACUCCCAGUAUCUAUUAGCAGUGCAGGCUGCCUCCCCAUCGCCACAUCUGUCAGUGUUGGCAACCUCAUUCUGAAAACUCACGUUAUGUCUGAAGAUAAAAACGACUUUUUAAAACCUAUUGCAAAUGGGAAGAUGGUUAACAGCUGAAAGGAGGCUCAUCUUUCAAAUUUGUGACCACACCAUGGAAGCAUUUACACUAGCUUUUUAUAUAUAUAAUAUAUAUUAUAUAAUGUAUAUUUUUUUUAAAAAAAAACAGAUAUUACUGGGGGCAUUCAUUUCCUGUGGACUCUUUGAUACUUCAAGCCCUCUUGCAUUAGCAUUAUGAAAAAAAAAAAAAGAAAAUUUACUUUACUAGGGUAACGUUCACUUUCCAGAAAUUAUUGGAAUUUGGACAACAUUUAACUUAAGCUUCAAGCAGCUUUUUAUGAGUUUGUAGCAAUCCGGUGCAGUAACUGAGCCAUUUCCUAUUUUAAAUGGCUUCUACAGUAAAUUAACAACUCAGUUAUUAAACUAGCAGGAUCCUACAAUGAUACAUCUAGUGAAAGUAGAGUUAAUUAAUUUAUUUCUAUUUUAUGUUUCACUGAGAGAAAUUUCCAUCUCAUUCCAGCUGCUUUAUUUAUCUUUUUUUUUAUUGGACUUUGCAUGGAUUUUUCUUUUUUUUUUUUUUUCUUUUUUUUUUUUUUUUUUUUUUUUUUUUUGAAGAGUGGAGUUAGAUGUUCUUACCAUAGAGUUUUACAGGGUUAUGUAAUAGCUUUCUUUACUGCAUUAUAUGUAGAAGUGUGGUGCAGUGCUUUUAUCUGUAGCAUUUAAUUUUUAAUUUUCCAUUUUUCAAGAAUAGUUUCUGCUUUGUUAAUAUUUAUACACAGGCUACUUGUUGAAGUAAUUAAUUAAAAAUAUAACCAAGUGCCUAAGUCUUUCAGCUGAUGUACUAGAUAUUAAAUUCUCCUAAGUUAUGCAGAAUCGUUUUUACAAUUUUGAUAAAUUAUGCACUAAUGUAAUGGCAAUUUUUUAAAAUGCAGAUUUAAGCCUGUACAUUAUUGAAUCUGAUGACUUGGCAAAAGAAUCAGGUGCUUUCACCUUUCUUGAGAAAACCCUGUCUGUAGCGUUUGCACUGACUAACAAGAUGGUCUUGCUGGGUCUUUAAUUUAAAGAAAUUAAUUUGUGUGUUCAUUACAUUGUUUUAGUUAGAUAUUGUUUGUUGUUAACUUCAUGUUGGGUUUAAUUUUCUUUGUUUUCUGACUGUUAGAUUGAUAAGACUAUGAACCAUGUAGUAGUAGUACAUUGGCUAACAUUUACCCAUACUUAAGAACAUGAAUAAUUUCUGCCCUGCCAUAAUGUGACUGAAAUUUUCACUUGGCAUCUGGAAGUAUGCAGUAUGUUCAACCAUCCAUGUCUCAGAUUUGUGGGUGGUAUUUUAUUGAAGCUUAAAUUUCAGUCAACAUUUGAAAACAAAAGCUGGGCAUUCCUUCCUAGUGGUAAUCUUACCUAUAGUUUGUCUUUUUUUUUUUUCCUCCAUUUCUUUCCGAUUAGUUUGACUUUUAUUUUUUAAUUAACUUCUGUGAAGUUGUUUACUCUGAGAAUUGUACUGGAAUAUUUUAAGCCAAGCUGAUCUUUCACCAGGUGUACUGUAUGUAAGGGCUUCUCCUGCUAGCAAGAUGCUUAAACAGGAUCAUGUUAUUGGUCGUCUGAGCUAUUUAGUUAUUUUACAAAAAACCACAGAAUUGUAUCAGAUAAGAUUUUGAUAAAAGUUUUGUGCACAUUUCCAGGGGUGGGAGGGUUGACAUUUCCCUGAAAUUUCUUGAUUGGAAUGAGUAAAUACUGGUGUUUGAUACCUGUCUUAAUGAACAUGCUCAUAAGGUGACUGAUAAGUUGUAAAUAAUACCUGAGAAACAAAGGGGUAGUUUUGAUAUUCUGGUGUCAGUAUGGAAGAUCUUACACAUUUAUUUAAUACUUAAGUGUAUGAAGAUGUUUGUUUGUAGCAUAACAGCACAGUAGCCUUGACUUAGUUUCCUUUGGUUAGUACUGUACCUUUUUGCCAUGGCCAGUGCUCCCAUCCCUACAAAGACAUUUUAUUUAUUUCACUCUGUAACCUGAAAUGAAUAGGAACAAGAGUUUUAAACCAUGUUGCAUUAACUUAUUUCUGACAUUAUAAAUUAGCUUAGGAUAUUACAGGAACAUGAUUGUUAUAUAAUUUAUAUCAGAACCUUUUUAUGAAUAUGAACUUAUUACAUUUAAAACGCUUCCAAUGUUGUUUUUUUUUUUUUUCUGUUUAUAAUUUCAAAAAGGUUAUGUAAACCAGUCUGUCUAUUUCAUGGAUAUUUAAUAGUGAGAUCUUCCAUGUUGAAGGUAAUGUAUUUUUUUUUAAGAUUUUAAAAUUGCUAUUUUGUUACAAAAUAGAGACCUAUUAACAGUUGAGAGCUCCUUAUGUGCCCUCAGGGAAAGAACCCUCCGUGCAACAGAACUACACGAACAUCUUCAGCACUUUCUGAGGGUGAUUAUAUACUACAUAAAUUGAUCUUGUGUAUUUAACCUUAUCUUUUUCAUUUUAAAAUUGAAAUUUUGAAGCGUGGUUGUGCUCUGCUGGAGGGGGUUAGGAUGCUUAGGUGUUUGCCUAUUUGUUCAGUAAAUUACAUUUGCAUCAGUAUGUGUACUUGCCAACCUUAUUGGUAUGUCUCACACACUUAGAGCAAAAUAAUGCUUUUCUUGCAGCAGAUGAUCCCAUAAAGUAAUAACUCCCUAUUCUUAAAUUUCUACUCUUUCUCACUAACAACAUAGGAAUUGUUUCUGUGUUGAUGUUACACUGUAUUGCAUCUUUUAUGUGGUGACAACCUACUGUCUAUUUUGGUGGGUUUAAUGUGAAAUAAAGCCAUUGAAUCUCUGCCACUUCAGAAGAAAGAACAGUUCAUCUGACCUUUCUUCAAAAUAGUACUUACUCAUGUCAUAGAGGAAAAUAGUACAAGUAGACCUGGAACAUGGCUUUUUAAAAUUGGGGCAAUCAUCAUUUUGACCCUUUACCAAGACAUUGUGAUGAACACAUUUGGGAUCAGAGGCUACAAUGCAGUAGAAGAGAAAAUUUGUAAUGUUGAUAUAUAAACUGCAUGUGUCACCUAUGGGUCUGAUCAGGAAAAAGCAGUCUGAAGUUUGAAAAGCAGGAAAAUGUUGUGGGUUUCCUUUAUGUUUUGUUUUUGUUUGUCUUUCUUCCCAAUUUGUAAAUCCAGGUCCUAGUAAGUGUGCCACAUUCAGAUGCUGUGAAUAUAACAUCAUUAGUCUUGUGUGGGGUCAUUUCAUUUUAUGAAUUCUAAGAGUUCUAUAUGUAUUCCUUCUAUUUAGUACCUAAACAAACCAGAUUCUCUUGCCUUUGCUACCAUGACUUAUUUCAGUGCCAUGCAACGAACCAGUAUAUGUGGGGACAGUUGUAUAUUGUAAUUUUUUUUUUAAAGGUAGCUCUUUAAGCCCAUGGCGCUGAUUCUCUCCUUUCGUAGCUUUUUACUCUAGUAAGAGAAUUAAAUGAAACCUCUUAUACAAAAACUAAACUUUCCCAUUUGUGUGGAUCCUAGUCACUUUGACCCAGAUUUCAAGUUGAUGGCUGAGUUACAAAGCACAUCCUGAUUUUAUAUAGAGAAGAUUCCAGAAUGCAAUGGUUUGCAGGACUUUUGAAUGUGAUCAUUUAAACAUUUGAAAAAAAAAAUUGUUUAAAAACCAUCUACCCUAGUUUUGAAUUUUAGAUGUGAUAUAGCCCAUGUUAUCUUUUUUUAACCAGGGUUGGAACGUGUAACAAUCAGGUUCGGUAUAUGAUUUUAGCUGUGAAUCUGAGAAUUUCUUCCCUUGUUUCUUUGAGUCAUUUCUGAGCAGACUGUCACCAAUAUUAGUAACUAAUCAUUAAAGAGAAAAGUUGCAUUGCAGCUAUGUAUUAGUGUCUUAGAACUUUCCUUAUGUUUUAGUGAAUCAAGAGUACUGAUGGGAUCACUUACUGUAACUCCUUCUGCAGAAGAGCCCCUUCUGUAAACAGAACACAAAUGACAUGCUCAAGGAGUAUCCCGUUUUUUAGAGAUUAAGUUUGCUAGUAACUCCUUUACACUAGCUGUUUCUUUGUAUCCCUUUGCUGGCAAGGGAGUACAAGGAGUCAAACCACAGAUCAGAACACCCCACAUUUGAGUGGAGACUUAUUUUUACUCUAAGGGGAGUUAUUCCCCCAAGUCUGAAACUGGCAAUUUUUUUUCUCUUAUAUAAAAAUUUAAAAAUAUCCCCUAAACCAGUGGAAAAAAGACACUGGCUGCACUUAGUACUGCCAAAAGCCAAGGUCAUUUGCACAUAUUCCAUCAACCUGUCAAGAAUUAGGCCUCACUUUAUAACCCACGGCAUGGAAGUGCAUGCAUUCUCUUAGCUGGGCAAACAAUUAUACUGUAGUUGUGAUACAACACAUGUGGCUUUUAUUUGUACUGCACAUACCCACUGUACAGCCACUUGGGAGUAUCGUGGUUAGCUUGCAGCAACUGCCGUCUGCAUUUAUACUGUUUAUUGCAUAUUCUUUUCCCUGGAAGUGAAAAAGAAAUGUUUUUCUUGUUGCAUUGAUUACAUUUUAUAAAUUUGCUUAGCUGGAAAGUUUGGGAAAAGAGGCCUGUUUGUCAAUUGUACAACCGAUUGUGAAGCUUAGUGUGAAUAUUUUUACGUCUGUAUUAGACAUUUUCUUUGCAAAUCUAUUGUUCGAUUGAAAUGUAAAUGAAAUUAAAGAUGGUGUACACCCAUCAUGUAAAAAGCAGGCACCAUCUCUAAGAUGGAUUUAAUGCUCAUUUUUAAGGCAUAUACUCAGCUUCUAUUUAAAACUAUAAAAUAAUUCUGUACAAUGAAAUGGGGAAUAUAUAUGGGAAUAAAUUCUAUUCCAUUUAUUUCAAUUUGAAUUUCCAAAUUGUAAUGUUUCCCUUUGUGCUAUAGGAAUAGGAUUAAAUGGGGGGAAGGCUAGGACUUAUAAGGCCUGUAUAUGGGGGGUGGGCAGAGAUGGAACAAUGAGGGUUGUGAUGAUAGUGAAUAGCAAAGAGUGAAUUCUGUGUGUUUUUGCUGUAGCACUGAAGUGAAGAGAUAUUAGCUUUGGCUGUUCACAAAAUAGAGCAUCAUGAUUUUCAGUGUUUGAGAGAAAACUGAUGGAAAAAGUUUGCAGUACUUGACAUGUAUUUGCAUGCACAAAAUAAAAUUAUUUGUCCACCUUAAAAGUUGUUUGUUUAGUGUCAAUGUUAAGUUUAUGGUAUGUUUUAGUUGUCCUGAUUUUUUUUUUUUUUUGAUAUCUCUUAUAAAGCUGGAAAACCACUCCUUAAGUAGGGACUUAAAUGAUUACCUGCUUCAUAAGUAUAUCAUUGGGAAGUAAAUAGACCCAAGGAGGUUGAAAUAUUUCUUAAUGUUCUGACAUUUCGUUCAAUAUAGAGCACUUUUUAAAUGGGAGAUGGUAUAAAAAAAUAAUAAUAAUGAGUUUACUGUCUUUGGGAGAUAAUAGAACCGGUGCAUAAAUAGGACAGUCAUGUUAUGAAAGUAUGAAAAUUAUUCUGUAGGCUUCAGGAAAAUUUUUUAAAAAAUGGCCUGAAUCUCAGCACCAUUGUCAUUGACCCCAGGGUACCUUUAUUUAUUCACCCAGCUGAUGUGUCAUAAGCCUUUGUCUGUGCCAGUCUUUAAGACUAUAGGUCAAUAAAAUGAACUCUUUUCCUAGAAGCUCAUGAUGUAGAAAUGGGAAAGACUAAGCUGAAUAGCUCAGAAAGCUACAUACAAAGGGACCAGUUAUAGUUGUGUUGAGUAAGAGGGGUUGCUUCUCUGUGAGACAACCCCUGGCUAGACUUUAAAUCCUGCAUAACAUUUUUACCAGUAAUAGAUUACCUUCAUGACCCCCUGACCUCUACUUCUAUUUAGUAUUUUAAUUCUGUUUUACAUCUGAGAGAUUUUGUAAUUUGCCAAGAUCUCAUAACCAGAAAGUAAUAGAGUCAGAGUUCUGCCAUCUUUCUUUCCCAAAAAGGUAAUGGUGGUGGUAGUUGGGUGCAUUUCCACCUAAGUGAAAAGUGUGAUUAAGGAAUGGGACUUCACUGAGUAAUAAUAUGGACAGCCAAAUCUCAGAGCACUUAGUAUGUUUCAGACAAAGUUCUAAGUGUUACAAUGUAGAUUACUGUCACCAUUCUUAGACAAGAAAAGGAAUAUAGAUACUUUGCAGAAUUGGCCCAAGUUUACACUGCUAGAAGAGGUAGAUGGGCAUUGAAUACUAUACUAAAGAGAUUAUAAGAGAAUCUUGGAAGUUACAUAAGCUGAAUGAUUUGAGAUUUUAGGAAGGAUACCUUGGCAGUGAUGUAAAAGAUGAAGCUGGAGAUAGACCAGCAAGGAGGCUGGGUUAAUACUGUAAGUGUAGACUACAUGACCAUGCCAGGAUGGAGCAAAAGAGAUGAACUUGAAGAUUGGGGUUGGGGAGAAUGACUGACCAGAUUUGCUGUGCUUUUUUAAAAAGUGCAUUAGACAUCUGUGCAUUAUUAGGGGAUUGAAAUUUGUUUAAAGAUUACAAAUCCUGUUUUGCUGAGGACCGACAUAAUUUUCAUAUGCAGUCUUCAAUAAACCCCAGAAAGACUUUGGAGUGUAGGAAGACGCAAGAAGAAAAGCCAUGAGGAGGUAAACCAGGCAGAGGAAACAAGUUACUACAGGGGUAGGGUCUUGUAUUGCCCAUUUGGCCUCAAACUCAAAAUCCUGAGUGCUAAGAUCACUGGUGUACACCUUUACACCCAGCAAGGAAAGUUGGCAUCAUGGAAGAAAUGAAAUUUCAGAGAGAUUUAUGGUUAAUGCCUGUUGUAAUAACAUGCUUAACAGAAUAGCUCAGAUGCCUGUGAGAUAGCUACAUGAAUAGGUCUUGCUUAAGUAAGGAUUUUCUCAAAACCCAACCUGAAUGAGGAUCAGAUGGAGAGUAAUGAAAGGUGUGGUUAAAAAUAGAUACCUAAGUCCAAGAGAAUGGAGAUCAAUAGUAUUUUUUAAACUGUAUUUUGAAAUAGUUACAGAGUCAUAGAAAGUACAGACAUUACCAUGUACCUUUCAUAUAGUCUGUCUCAUGGUAGUAUAUUGUAUAGCUAGUACAAUAUCAGAACCAGAAAAUUGACAUAUUCAAUCCAUAGACCUUAUUUACCCCUCCUCAGCUUCAUGUGUAUUCACCUGUAUAUGCCCACCCACAAAGAGGGGUGUAGGGAUGGUUCUUAUGCAGUUUUUUCCAAGUGUAAGUUUGUGGAAAGGCCAUUGUUGAGAUAACACCUGUUUUCCUCUCAUUUAUUCUUUUUGCCCUUUAUAGUCACACCAUUUUCUUACCAUGCUCUCUGAACCCUGGCAGCCAUUAAUCCGUUCUCCAUCUCUGUAAUUUUGUCAUGAUGACAAUGUUAUAUAAAUGAAAUUAUACCAUAUGUAACUUUUUGAAAUUUUUUGUUUUGUUUUUUACUGGAUUCAGCAAAAUUACCUUGAGCUUCAUCCAAGUUGUUGCAUGUAUUAAUAGUUUGUUCCUUUAUAUUGCCGAGUAAUAUGCCAUGGUAUAGAUAUACCAUGGGUUGUUUAACCAUCCUCCAUUAAGAGGCAUUUGAGUUGUUUCAAAUUUCUAUUACAAAUAAAGCUGCUAUGAACAUUUAUAUA